GCACACCCUAUUUCUUUGUGCAAUGAUCAUUGUCAGAGAGGGUAUAGGAAGACCAAGAAAGAAGGGAACCCAUUUUGUUGUUAUGAUUGCCGUCCAUGUCCAGAAGGGAAGAUUUCAACUGAAGUGGAUACACAAGACUGUUCUCCAUGUCCUGAAGAUCAAUACCCAAAUGACAACAAAGAUUCAUGCCUCCACAAAGUUAUAACUUUCUUAUCGUACGAAGAACCACUGGGGAUGAGCUCAGCUUUUUGCGCUCUUUCCUUUUCUUUGAUGACAAUUUUAGUGCUCAAGACCUUCAUUCAACACAAGGACACUCCCAUUGUCAAAGCCAACAACAGGAACCUCACCUACAUUAUCCUCACCUCCCUCCUGCUCUCUUUCCUUUCUGUUUUGCUAUCUAUUGGGAGACCCAAUCAAAUUGUGUGUCUUCUUCGACAGCCAGCUUUUGGCAUGAUCUUCUCAGUGGCGGUUUCCUGUUUGCUGGCCAAAACCAUUGUAGUUGUCCUAGCAUUCAUGGCCACCAAGCCUGGGUCUAAAAUGAGGAGAUGGGUGGGGAAAAGAAUGGUGAGCUCCAUUGUUCUUUCCUGCUCUCUAGUUCAAACCACCAUUUGUGCCUCAUGGCUGAUGACAUUCCCACCAUACCCGGAUUUUGACAAGCACUCAGUGUCUCAGGAGAUUGUAUUAGAAUGCAAUGAAGGAUCGGUGAUCAUGUUUUACUCUGUCUUGGGCUUUAUGGGCUUUUUGGCUGUUGUCAGCUUCUCUGCUGCUUUUCUAGCUCGGAAACUCCCUGACAGUUUCAAUGAAGCCAAAUUCAUCACCUUCAGCAUGUUUGUCUUCUGCAGUGUUUGGUUGUCCUUUGUUCCCAGCUACUUGAGUACCAAAGGAAAAUAUAUGGUGGCUGUGGAGAUCUUCUCCAUCUUAUCUUCCAGUGCUGGCUUAUUGGGUUGCAUCUUUGCCCCCAAAUGUUUUAUCAUCCUGUUUAGACCUGAACUGAACAGCAAACAUUUGCUCAUGAAGAAGUAG